GUUUCCGUUUCCGGUUUAAGUGUCGCCAUUAAAAUGAUUUCCAAAUUACCGAUUGAGAUUCUAGAUAAGAUUUAUGGAUGUUUGAGUUUAAAAGAUAAACUUCAACUGGCUCAAGUCAGCAAAGAGCUUGGCCACGCAUUUCUCUACCAUGGCAAAGUGGCUUAUACGCAUUUGGACUGCAAUGUUUUUACUAAUGAUAUAUUGAGAGUUUUUCUGCCGCUUUGCGGAGCUAGUGUUGUCCACAUGAAUACGACUGAAAAGACAUUCGAGAAGCAUAUUGUGGAGCUAAUAUCAAAGUACUGCACCAACUUGAAAUCUACCAGUACGGAGAUUCCAACUGAGCAUUUGAAGGAGUUCAAGGCAUUUAUAGGCAUUAAAAGCCUAAGAAAAAUUGAAUAUGUAAAUGAAUAUCGUUGUAAUCAUAUAACCGAAUGCAUUAAUACAGAUUGUAAAGAGUUGAAAGUAUUUCACAUAAGGAAUGGACAGGCACAACACAUUCGAAAAUUGAAAAACUUGGAAAAACUGUACCUCAUUUGGCCUGAGAAAAAAUAUUUAUUAAAUAUUUUUGAAAUAGCCUCACACUUAAAAAAACUUCGCAGCUUGGUGGUUAUAUACCAUAGCGUAUCAUUAUGCCAGAAACUUGAUUUUUUAUUACCGGAAUUGGAAGAACUUGAGUUAGUGCAUUGCAGAAUUAGUCUGUCGGUAAUGCCAACAUGUCCAAAGCUCAAAUCGUUAAAAUUUGCGAGCAGAGAAACUCUCAAUAUCGUUCAAAUUGUUUCGAAAAACGCCGAUACCCUGGAGCGUUUACAUCUAAACUCAAUCAGUUAUCUUCCAAAAGAUUUAUUUGAAAUUAUCAGCAAAUGCAAAAAGUUGCAGUUGAUUCAUACACAUUUUAACAUAGCUAAAACUGUGUUUUCGGAAUCUCUAAACUCCUUUAUAAACGUUUUGAAGGAAAAUGGUUUCAACGAGCAAAGGCGCUUUGUUUGGGAACUUAAUCAAGGAAAUACGGACGAUUUUCGAAUAAUGAUGGAACAAUUCAAUCAUUUGGAAAUGUGGAAACUUAUGAAACUGAAUUUAUUGAGUCUUCAUGGCAAAGGAUUUAGGUUGAUAUAGAAUGGGUGCAUAUCAGAAAAAAACGAUUUAAAUGUGCAAUUAUUGGAUGCAUAUUACUACGUGCCGAUACAGAUGUU